AGUGUCCGCCCGGCUCGCAGAGUUGCCGCCGCUCGCCGUCCGCGCCGCCGCCGCCAUGCCCAACUUCGCCGGCACCUGGAAGAUGCGCAGCAGCGAGAACUUCGACGAGCUCCUCAAGGCGCUGGGUGUGAACGCCAUGCUGAGGAAAGUGGCCGUGGCCGCGGCGUCCAAGCCGCACGUGGAGAUCCGCCAGGACGGGGAUCGGUUCUACAUCAAGACGUCCACCACGGUGCGCACCACCGAGAUCAGCUUCAAGGUCGGAGAAGGCUUUGAGGAGGAAACGGUGGACGGACGCAAGUGCAGGAGCCUGGCCACCUGGGAGAGCGAGAACAAGCUCCGCUGCACACAGACCCUGCUCGAAGGCGACGGCCCCAAGACCUACUGGACCCGUGAGCUGGCCAACGACGAGCUCAUCCUGACCUUCGGCGCCGACGACGUGGUCUGCACGAGAAUCUAUGUGCGGGAGUGAAGGGGCCGCUCCUCCUGCAGGGGCACGCGUGUCCCGGACCCAGCCCCGUCCGUGCCCCUCUCCCUCGCAGUGCGCCCC